AUGUUUUCUUUUCCACGCAUAUCUCGAGUAGCCAUCAUUGGAGCUGGACCGGGUGGCAUUGCUGCUGCCAGAGCUUUGCGUGCUGAAGGUGAUGUGUUUGAAAAAAUCACUCUAUUCGAGCGUAAUGCAGCUGUUGGAGGUACUUGGAUCUACUCACCCGAAACCAAUGCGACGCCUCCCAUGCCAUCGGUGAAUGCACUUCAAGUCGAUCCUCCUUGUCAGGCAGCUCCACCUCAUCCUCCAAAGUCACCCAUGUACCAAGAGUUGCACACCAAUCUUCCUUCUGAUGUCAUGGCGUUUCGUGACAUUGCAUUUCCAUCGGGCACACCCACGUUCCCUGAUCGAAAACAAGUGCUGGACUAUGUGGAGCAUGUGGCCACCCAAGAAGGACUGAAACCAUUGAUUCGAUUCAAUAGCACGGUGACAAGAGUGGAUCCUUUACACGACAACACGUGGCAGGUCUCAGUAACGGAUCAAAAUGGUGAUGGGAAGAAGGAAUAUCAAGAGCAAUACGAUGCAGUGAUUGUGGCUUCAGGGCAUUAUUACGUACCGUACGUACCUGAUUUUGUUGGGUUGAGUGAUUAUGUGAAGACAUCCAAGGUGACAGUGAUGCACUCGCGUGAAUAUCGAAAGGCCUCUGAUUUCAAAAACAAGAAUGUACUUGUCGUUGGCAGUGGCUCUUCUGGAUCGGAUAUCGUACGCCAGAUAACGGAUGUCGCAUCCAAUGUAUACCAUUGUGUCCGCACCCAUACCUCCUUUUCACAAUCCUUGCAUGACAAUGCUCCUGCCAAUUUACAGCUUGUUGGCCCACUGACAACAUUCCAUCCAACCACAGGCGCCAUCGACUAUCAAGAGCAUCACAACAAUGACAACAGCAGACAACUCGUGAACCUUGAUGCCGUGAUUUUCGCCACCGGAUAUCUUUUCAGCUUUCCUUUUCUACCUUUCGAGAAGGAUGCUAUCAUUGUCGAUGGUCAAAAUGUCACGGGACUAUACAAGUGGAUGUUUUAUAUGAACAACCCUACCUUGAGCUUUGUGGGUUUACCCAUCCGUGUGGUUCCUAUGCCAUUGAUGCAAUCCCAGUCCACAGUGAUUGCUCGUGUAUUGAGUCAACGUAUUCCUUUGCCAUCCACCACGAUCAUGCAAUCACACGUUACUACCGUGAGCAACAAUGACAGGCACAGUAUUGUGAUGGGCGCACAAACCGAAUUCGACUAUGUGGAAAGUCUAAGUGCAUGGGCUGAGAACAAAGCAAAUGAUAUGGAUGCAUGGAGAAACCAGUCGACGGAUAUAAUCACAGGUCCUUUAUCUGAGAGGUGGAAGGAACGUCGUCAACGAUCUUUACAAUUACGUUUAGAAUGCCUUGGAUACUAG